UUAUGAUUGGAAGAACAGUAGCCAAACAAUUACUAUUCUAAACGUUUUUGACUGAUUAAGCGCUUAAAAGACUCAUCAGCUUCACCAGAUCCCAUAAUCUCAGAAGCAAAGUUUGUACCUGAAUAUUUUUUUUAACGGUGUGGUUCCAAGAAAGACCCAGAAAUAUUUCCUACUCCCUCCAGGUAAUUAUCUUCUCAAGAGGAUCUAUACUAGUUAAUUUUCUCAGGAGUCAAGGCUCUUCUUCCUUUUACCUUUCAUGAGAAUUGGGCUCCGAAGGAGCAAUAUUGAGCUUGGAAAUGGAGGAUUAUGCCAUUUCUGGUGUCAAUAUUGACAGUUCAGAUUCAUGCAAAGAAACUGAGAUGUUAGAAUUAGAAAACUGCAUGGAAGUUUUAACAAAACUAGACUUGGACUUGGCAUAUUCGUCUGAGAAAUUAGUAAAUCUUCAUGGACUACUGAUGAACCUUUUGGCACAAGAAAAUGACCUUGAAACAAUAGCAGUGGGGAAUAACUAUAUUUCAGCAGAAUUUAUGGAGAAGGCACUGGUAUUUAAUCUCUUAUCUAGUAUUUUAGAUUCUGAGGUAAGAGAAUUGGACAGUUUCAUGGUUAGUCUCCAAGAAGAAAUUGUUGAUGCACAUAAAAAAAAAUCUUCAUGCAGAAACUUGAAAGAACAAUUUACCAUGAUGGAAGAGAAGUUGAUUGACUCUGAAGGAUCUUUGAGACAGACUCAGCAUCAUAUAUCAGAGGUCAAGAUUCAAUCAUCCAAGUUGCAGAGAACCGUUCUUGCUUUUACACAUGAAAAUUGGAAAAGUGGCAUUGCCGAGUUAUCAGAACAUGGUCUGUUGUCAAAUAUAAAUGCUCAAUCGAAUCUGCAGAUGGCUGGACAAAGACAUAUUCUAAAGAUGCUAGAGAAAUCACUAGCAAGGGAGCUCGAUCUUGAGAAGAGGUUAACAGAAUCAAGAAAAAGUGAGGAAGAACUAAAACACAAGCUACAUUAUACUGAACAGGUAGCUUUUCGCAUGGAGGAAACUGCUCAAGUAGUUUGGGGAAGGUUUUUAGAGGCUGAGAAUUCGGUUGUGGUGCUCAAGGGAACUUCUCACGAAUUGUUGGGUCGAAUCCAACUUGCAUAUUUUAAUUUGAACAGUAUGAUUCAACGAGAAAGUGAAUUGAAAUAUAAGUACCAAGAUUGUGUAGAAGUUCUUAAACAAAGAGAUGCAGCUUUACAAAGUUUCAAAGUCAGGACUGCUGAAAAUAGUGCCAUUGAUGCUGAACUCUCCACUUUGAGGGAGAAGCUGAAGCUUCUGGAGGAAAAGCUUAAAGAAUCAGAGCUCCAGCUGAGCAAUGAAAAGGCCACAAACAACUCAAGUGAAACAAAAAUAAGGGAAUUGGAAAAUCUAGUUGAAUCAUUGAAAGAAAGUACUGAUGUAGCAGACACUAGAGCUGAAAGUGCAGAACUCAAAGUUGCAGAGUUGACUGGAACAAAUGUAGAACUCACUGAAGAGCUUAAUUUUAUUAAAGGAAGUGCUAGUAAUGCAGAGAAAAAGGUUGGUGUUCUUGAGAAGCAAUUGAGAGAAGCCGAGAUCCAAUUACAAAACGCGAAGGCAUUGUCUGAAGCAAGUCAAGAGCAACAGAAUAUGCUGUAUUCUGCAAUAUGGGACAUGGAGACUUUAAUAGAAGAUUUGAAAUCAAAGGUUGCAAAGGCUGAAAACAAGACUGACAAUGCAGAGGAGCAUUGUAUUAUAUUAUCUGAAACUAAUUCAGAACUAACUAAAGAACUAAGUAUUCUGAGGGAGAGAAUAGAGUGCUUGGAGGAAUCUUUGGAGCAAGCUAGAAGUUCAACAGUUGAAAGUGCAAAUGAUAUUAAUGUCAAGACUAAGUUCAUCAUGGAUUUGGUAACGCAACUUGGGAGAGAAAGGGAGCACAUUGACAAACAGUUAAAUCUCUUAACAAAGGAGAACAAAGCUAUGGCUGUGAAGUUGGGUAUGACAGUGAAGGAUGCCUCGCUGGGGUGCAACAGCAAUAAUGAUGGUGACAAAGAGCUUCCUUCCUUGAUGAAUAAUUUAAGCAACAAUGAUUCUUGUGCAAAAUCAUCCUUGGAUGCUGUGAAAGAUUCUGUUGGUAAAAGUUUCCAGUUGGAUGAAACACAAGACGCUUCUUCCUCAUCAGGUAAUGAUGUCAGGAGCUCCAAUUCUGUAAAUAGUGGUGUUGAUAUAGUUUCAAAGCUUGAGGUCUCGAAGGUUGUGUCAUCUACUAGAAGCUUGAACAUAAAAUAUGUAUUUGUGGCAAUGUUUGUAUCACUCCUUUCAAUCUCAGUCAUGUAUUUGCUUAACCAUAAACCUUCCCUAUUUUAUUGAUUUUUUGUGUGGAUGAAAUUCUCAUAUGGUCUUGACGCCAAUGGUUUUCUCA